GUGUCAAAGCUGUCAUUGUGUAUAGUAUACGGUGUGUGCAAACAAAGAAAAUAUUUAUUGUCGUAUUUUUUUUUCUUCGGUUUUUUUUCUGUUAUCCCUAAUUAUUCCGUCGGGAGCUCGAUUUGCUGCUGCUAAUCCAUUAGUGAAAUUAAAAACACAAACUUAUGAAUUAAGCGUAAUUAAAAACUUCUGAUAAAAUGUCAAAUUUACGUGAAACAUACAAAUGGAUUGAUGAAUACAAUGAUAAAAAACUUACACCAUCACCGGCUGCCGCACGUUUCAUCGAAAUUGUCUUUGAUGGCGAGAGGUAUGAAAGCAAGGCUCUAGAACACGCACAAUUCAGGACAACCUUACCAUUUGCUCGUACCGAGUGUUUUGCAGCCAAUUUCAUUGAUGUACAUCAACUAAUCAACAAUGACGCUAACGAAUCGAUUAAAAAUGUAUAUGAGCUCACGCUGCAGAUCAAGAACAAAGUCAUUGAUUACUCGCCUGGAGACACCAUUGGAAUAUUGCCACAAAACUCGGAUGAGGUUGUGAAUGUAAUCAUCGAUAAAGGCUCUGAAUUAAAAGCCAAAUGCCAUGAUUCACUCCAUUUGAAAAUAUCUGCCGAAGCGGCGACUCAGAAGAGAGUGCCAAAGAUGCCUAUUUUCUUACCGGCUUGUCAAACGAGUCUAUAUAAAUUGUUCCAAGAGUGUGUUGAUUUCCAUGCAUUCCCAAAGAAAGGAUUUCUAUCGGCUCUAGUCAAUUACAAUUGCUUGAGUGACGCUACCGAACGACGUUUUCUUUCAAUUUUGGCAUCUCGAGAAGGUUCAGCUUUGUACACAACGGAAAUUUUUCAGCAACAAACCACAUUCUAUGCGCUGCUUAAUCGGCUUCAUUCUUGGACAUUUACAAUUGAAAAUGUUGCCGUUUUACUUGAACACUUGCCACGUUUGAUGCCGCGCCCAUAUUCCAUUUCAAACAGUCCAUUGACCACGGAAUCCUCCAUUGAUUAUGAUGGACAGUCGACUAUUUUAAAGGUUAUUUUCUCAUUGAAUAAUCCGCCGGGGAUCACGACACGCAUGUUACAACAAUUGAUAUUCAAAUAUGAGGUUGAACUCACACUCAAGCUGGACACCCGUGACCAGUUUGUUAACGCUUAUACUCGCCAAAGUAAUCACUUCCAAUUGACCAACGGAGAUUUGGAGAGACCAUUGAUUAUGAUAGCCAUUGGAACUGGAGUGGCUCCAUUCAUUGGGUUUUUGGAACAUAUUCAGGAGCAAAGGAAGCGAAAACACACAAAAAAAUCAUUCACAUGGCUUAUCUUUGGAUGUCGAUACAAGAACAAGCAAAUAUGUGGCGAGCGACUGAGUGAAUUUGUUAAGGACGGCACACUUUCCAAGCUUAGUGAAUGUUUUUCAAGGGAUGCCAAUACUAAAACCAAAUACGUUCAAGACUGUGUUCGAAAUGAAGCAACCGAAAUUUCCAACCUGUUAACUGAUGCCACCGGUGGAAUAGCCAGUAAAGUAUUUAUUUGUGGCAACAAGAAAAUGUCCACUGACAUACGGACCGCCGUUGAAGAGAGCCUUGUCAAGGCUGCCCAAUGCAGUGCAAUCGAUGAUGCCAAACUAAUUGUUGACGAAUUGGUGAAAAGUGGACGAUAUAUCGAGGAUAUAUGGAUCUAAAAAAGCAAACUUAUUCAACGAGAUCUAAGUCAGCAUUUAAAAUGUGCACCUUUGCAAUUCGCGAUAAAAAUCUUAUGAACCAAUUCAUAAACGCUUCGCCUUAAUUUAUUUAUAUUGUCAUUUUUAAUGGGUUUUUUUUCUAAUAAACAUUUUCAGUCUACAAGACUAGUCUAUAUUGACUAUA